CGCCAAAUGCAGCUCGUUACAGAAAACAAGGAUGCAGCAUCUAUAAGCGGCAAGCAGUUGGUGCUAAAUACAUUUGAAAAUGGCACAGAGGUACAACUCAUGCUGGAGGAGAAAAAUGAAGAGCCAACAAACUACUUGCAAAAGAUACAGACGAAUGCAGGACACACAAGGACUAGAGAACAGAGAAUCAACAAACUGGUGGUCAGAUGAUUGCUGUACUGAGCAAGUGAUCAGUUCUGCUAAUCUGGAAGCUGAUGACGCUGCUGAUCUGGAAGACUCUUCGAUCACAAAUAUGUGUGACCUCCAUUACACCAACCAUUCAUCCUCCCAGUGCUAUGGACACACAAGUGAGAUGCAUCACUCUGGACUUAAUGUUGAAUCAGAGCCUGAACAGCCUAUUCACAUAGAUACAUUUGAUGAGCACCUACCUGAAUUUGUUGAAGAAGGAACUUUAGAUGAUAAUGCAUUAUUUGAUGAUGACUUGUCAUUUGAUGAUGACCUAACAUUUGAAAACAGUUUAGAGCUAAACCAAGAGGAGGGAACAGGACCCAAAAGCUCUACAAACACUGUAGAUCAUCCACUUUAUAGAAAUGCACCAAUAUCUGUUGCAGAGAGUCUUCUCCUCAUAAUGACUUUUGCAAACAGACACAAAAUAACAGGAAAAGCUCUCAAUGAUUUGCUUACACUAAUCUCUCUGCACUGCCCCUCUGAUAUCCAGACAGAAUGUCUUCAGAAUUUACACAAAUUUAAACAAUUUUUUGAUGAUUCCUCCUCUCUGCUUUUGCACAAAUAUUGUAGUGCAUGCUUCAUGACUGUUGAGAGUACAGACACCCUGUGUAAAACCUGUGAAGCCAAUGUGUUGAUGGAGGGGUCAACGUCCUAUUUCAUUGAGGUUCCCAUUGAAGCACAACUGAAGAGAUUGUUUGCUAAGGAAGGCUUUGAAGAAAAACUUCUGUUCAGGUUUAAUAGACAUAAAAAGUGUCAUGACAGUAUUGAAGAAAUAUAUGAUGGAGAAAUCUAUCAGAAAUUUACUACUUGCAAUGGGCCUCUCAGAACCUGCGACUUGCCUGCAAAAGCUUUGGUGCUUAAUACUGUUCAAUUCAAUGGACAGUUUGGGUGUCUAAAGUGUGAACAGCCAGGUCAAACAGUGAAGACAGGAGAAUGA